GUGGGGUCUCGCUUGCGUCGCAUAGCAACCGCGUCUCCUUUAUGCAGCGUCUCAAAGCAGAAAUAUCACCAUCAAGCUGUGUUUUACCUCUUCUUCAUUCUUUUCAUAAGAAUGACCUGCGAUAUAGUCGUAAUAGUGGGAAUUGAAGGCAUAACUCCUAUCCUAGCUGUGCUUGGCGGUUAGGAUGGACAUGAGAGACGCUGCACGGCCCAGAUCCAUCCAGACUUCCUUAGAAGCCAUCGUCUUCAUGAUACCUCCCUGAAAUCCACUCAUAUCAAGUAUAUCUGUACAAAGAUCUCUUCAUGGAUCCACCUACUCUCACAAACGACCAGUUCGAGGCUCUUCUAGCCCAGAUCGCGGAUUACCAGCUCGCACACGGUUCACUCCUUAGCCUCCCCUUAUUGAGAGAAAGGCUCGACUCCCCCGUGCCCAUUGCCCGCCCCGUCGGUGUGAGCGUCUUUCCGACGCCAUUUCCAAGCGCACUCUUUCACGACGCCUUGAGUCUCCAGCAGCCCAUGAACAGGCUGUAUGUCCAGGUAGCGGGGGACCCCGAGUGGCUCGGGGAAGUGUUGGCCGAGCUGCGUCAGCACGACGAGUUUGUCGCAAAGUUAUGGAGCAUCUGGGAGCGGGUGCGGGACGAGGGCGAGGUGCAGAGCCUUGAAUGCGGUGUUUGGAGGAGUGACUAUAUGCUCCAUGCCUGCACGGCUGGCCUGGCCAAGGAGGACCGGAGCGCAGUAGGCUCCGGAACCAACCCCUCCAAGGAAAGGACUCCGCGAGAAGGAGAGCCGCGAGAAGGAGAGAAAGACGCCUUCUUGAAUUCGCAGCUAAAACAAGUCGAGUUCAACACCUACUCCUGCGCCGGGGGUGGACAUGGAAACAUCGCCGCAGAUAUGCAUUCGCGUAAUCCCCCAAAUAAUACCAUCCGCGACGUUGUGCAAGCGAUAGAGGCUGCGCACAAGGCUUACGGGCCUCCCAUCCAGGGGGCCCUCACCGCAGUGCUCAUGACAGUGCAGCCCCGGAACUCGAAUACCUGCGACGAGCGACCGAUUGAGUAUGGCCUGUCGGGGUGCGACCCGCCCGUACCCUUAUUCAGGGUCGAGUUCAACGGCGAGGUCCUGCGGCACUGCCACCUCGGACCUGGGAGGGAGCUGCUGUACCGAGCCCCCUGGGCCAGUGAGGCCGUGGAGAUCUCGGUAGUCUACCAGCGAGCAGGCUAUGACGCUUGCGAAUAUGACGAACAGGGAGUGAACGCGCGGUUGCUGCUGGAGCGGUCGAGAGCCGUCAAAUGCCCCUCGAUCCUAGGCCAUCUGGCUGGCCUGAAGAAGGUCCAGCAGGCGCUCACUCGGCCCGGCGCCUUAGAACGGUUUGUGGAGCCAGACAUGGCUGAGCAAAUCCGCGAGGUUUCCAUGCCCCUCCGUGCAAUGGACGCCACGGAGGAUGGGUUGGCUGGGAGGAGGCUAGCCAUCCGAGAGGAAACCGCAAAGGGUUACGUCUUGAAGCCGUCGCUCGAGGGCGGGGGUCAUAACGUCUAUGGUACCGACAUAACCUCGUUUCUGCGCGGCAUCCCGCAGGAGAAAUGGGCGAAUUACAUCCUAAUGGGGAAGAUCAAUCCCCCUGUUAUAAACAACGUGCUUGUGUCAUACCAGGAAGUGUAUUACGGCCAGGUUGUCUCUGAGCUUGGCGUCUUUGGAGCAUGUCUUUGGCGGCGGCGUCGAGUAAACCAAGAGCCAGUUAUACUGAAUAACACCCUGGCCGGGUGGAGCUUCAAGACCAAACCCGCCGGCGUCAACGAGAUGAGCGUGGUCAAAGGAUAUGGGUGCUUCGAUUGCCCUCGACUCAUCCCCUAG